GAUCAGUGCCCUCGUGCGGCCGGGGGCUCUGCGGCAGACACCGACGAAAGCACCCGUCCUGUGCCGGAUCCGCCAGGGCACGGAGCAGUAGAUCCAUUUUCUUUCAAGCUAGCAGUGACUCAGACAGGGGCACCGCUGCCUGCUCGUUUGGCCAGCCCCUGCCUCCAGCUCAGCCUGCUGCCCGGAUGUGGUCCCCGGGCUGGCCGCAGGGCCAGCUGGGCAGAGCGAGCGGCUGAGCGCCCGGCGGGGCUGGGCGCUGCUGUUCCUGGCCCCCCGCGAGAGGCGCCGACCUUCUGAUGGAUCGGGGGCCCCGUUGGCUGCUCUUGCUGUGGACUCCAGUGGUGGCCGUGGCGCUGCUGGCCCAGGAGGGGCGCGGCCAGCGUGUCUACACCAACAGCUGGGCUGUGCUGGUCCCGGCGGGGCCGCAGCAGGCCCACAGGCUGGCCCGGAAGCAUGGAUUCCUCAACCUUGGGCCGGUGCACUGGCUGGAGCAGCAGGUUGCGAAGCGCAGGACGAAGAGAGACGCCUUCGCGGAGCCCGCGGACCCCAAGUUCCCUCAGCAGUGGUACCUGUACAACGUGAACCAGAGAGACCUGAAUGUGCGGGGGGCCUGGGAGCAGGGCUACACCGGCAGGGGCGGGGCCGGCUCCAUCUUGGACGAUGGCAUUGAGAAGAACCACCCGGACCUGGAGAACAACUACGUGAGUAGGCCCCCGGCGCCCUGAGCCCCUCGCAGGCCACCAGAGGGACGACCUCUGCCCC